UCUAUUCAGUACGCAGCCAUUGCAACUGCUGUUGCAUUCGUUGGCGGGCCAUCGUUACCUUGACGACAGGCUCUGGUUUUGUUUAUAUCGACAUUGAAAAUUCUCGAAAAACGUCGAGCCUCACCAGCACAAAAUCAAAAUGUCCCGAGACGUAAAUUCCGGCAAAAGGCCAGAUUUAGUUGGCGAACCAGCUCAGAUUUUGGAAAGACUGUUGAAUCAAACCAAACACAAAGAAAAUCGUUGGGAUCGAAUUCGGAGAAAGCACCUGAAUAGUAUUACAGUCACUUCGAAGACGGUGAAGCGAUUCUUCAACAUGGACUUUGUCGACGAAGCACAGAUGAGAAUACUCAGUGGGAAUGGAUGUCAGAAGAGCACGCUCAACCCAAUGCUUGUGAUGGACAUCAGACAUGAGAUGAUCAAGCGUAAACCCAAGGAAACCCGCAGUAAGCCUCCCCUGGAUCCCGUACGUGUGUACCAGCAGGAAAAUCUGGAGAUCCACAAUAGGACCAUUGAGUCGACGCUGUUCGAGAACGAGCUGAGCAAAUUUCGCACGGAGAUCUCGAAGGCCGGCACAAAUGGCCGGAAGCACCAGAUCAGCGAGCAGAAAAAAAGUUUUCUAUACAUCGAUUUGCCAAAAAUAGAUAACAGUUUCAUCUACGACAGUCUGGAGGAGUGCGAGAGAUUCACCAAUGAUUUCUAUCAAACAGCAAUACGCGGAACUGAGAGCUUUUUCGAUGAGGAACUGUUGAUAGACAGACAACCGGCUUCGAUAGAGGAAAUCAUAGAUGAACCGACACAAAUGGAUUCAAAGAUUUCCGAUCAGCCUCAGGAUAACCAACAUCAAUCAGAAAUCGAGGAAGAAGAAGAAGAGGAUGAGGAUGGCAACAAAGUGGUACGCUUUGGCGACACCCAAGUGAUAACAUAUCCAGCCGAGGAGUCGUCCUUCUCGUUGGAUGGCUCCGAGUACGAGUACGAUGAUGACGAACUGUUUCUGGAGUCGUUGGACUCCGAAUUAGAUGAAUUCGACGAUGCAGAAUUUCUGUCCGUAGAAAGCACCUCUGAACACACCAAUGAGGACCAUCCGCAAACCAAUGCUCAAACCUAUUCUAGCGACGAUUGCUUUACGGUUACCCGUAUCGAGGAUUCAGGUGGAUCGUCCAACAAUGAUAGCACCGAUUUUGGAAAGGAGAAGCUUACUUACAAUUACGACGAGCCGGAAAUCAUCGAGGAACCUGUUAUUCCGCUGGAUGAGGCCGAUCUGAUUAUGGUUAAACGCUGCGAAAUGGAUGAGAAAGACUACAGUAAACUCCGCGUCACAAAUUACAGACCAACGGAAAACGAUGACAAAAUAGAGAUAUCUGAAGAAUCGCGGAAAGUAAUAAGUGCCGCGCUGAAGGAAGGCUUCAUGCAGAACUACGAUCGUGCAUUACUCAAACAGUAUUUCUUUAAAUGGCUUCAGUUUACGAUACUGGAGAAAAUUUCCAAAGGUGCUGGUGUAACUUCCACUCGCGAGCAAAAACUGAAACGUAUCAACGAAUUCAUCAACAACAUCCGUGCUAAUAAGAAAAAGACGCCCAAACCGAGCGCAGCCACUGCCCAAGCGACAACGGCGAGGAAAGACUACGAGCACCGACUCAAGGUCCAGCAAGACAUCAUUGAGCUACAGAAGCUGAAGCUCGAACGCCAGGAACGAAUCAUCACGGAACUGAAGCUGUCCAAAUUCUCCGAAGCCGCUAAAAUAUCGAAGAUGGAAAUUCAAAGCGAAUUGCACAAGGCAAUGCGAACCGGCCACGUAAGAUUGCGCGCUAAAGCAAAGUGCAUCCAAAUCGUGGGUAAUAUAAAGAACGACACCAGCGAAGAGGAUGAGCAGCGGAAGCUCCAAGCGCAGGGAUUGAUGAUACCAAAAUUCUUGGUGAAGAUGCAACAUCGAGCAUUAGAACGUAGCCAACGGCACCAGGAAGCGAAAGAGCGUCGCAUGCGGCUGGAAAAGGAACGCGAGGACAACAAAUUGGCCAUCGAAGAGGCCAAGAGAUUGGAGGACGAGGAAGCACGUAAGAAACGCUACCGGGAGAUGCGCGAGAAGCGCAAACUUGAAAAGUUACAGAAGAUCAUCCGCGAGCAGGAACGUCAGGCAUGGAUUGCAAACAACCAGAUUGCCAAAGAGUUUCGGUUGAUUAAGUUGAUGAGGAUCGGUAUCACCGCGUUCAAGCUGCUCCUCGGUAUCAGACGAGACAACGAACGUCGGGCGCAGGUCGCUCGGAAGAGAUAUUCCAAGAAGAAAUAUUUCAGAAAGUGGUGGGGAUUGACGAAUGCGGUUUGGGAGAGUAAGAAGCAGAAAGCGGACGGAUUGGCACAUAGUAAGCUUCUAAAGCUUGGAAUGAGCCACUGGAAAGAGUACUGCCACGAACAACGCAAAAAGAUGCAAGUAGCAAUCGAUUGGUGGGAGGUACAUAUAACCGAGAAGGUCAUCUCGGUGUGGAUUGGGCGCACCAAACAAUCCCUGAUGGUAUUACAGGGCAAGAUGUCUCAUGCGGCAGCCCAUUAUGAAUGGCAACUAAAAUGGAAGGUUUUCGAACGUUGGCAACGACUUCAUAUCAUUUUGAAGAUUGAGAAAGAGACGGAAUUGCGUCGCCAGAGGUGGCGUAUGAAGAUCUGGGAGCUGCUGCCCGACUACAAGCCGAUUGAGGAGGAAAUUUAAACCGAUCGAUAAGAGGUUACACUGAAAUGAAGUCUGAUUUUAAUGUUUUUAAAGAUUUUGAUAGAAACAUUUGCGGUUUGUAAUCACAGUUUUGUAGCAGAAAGUUUUGACUGAUUUUUACCCGAUAGUACCCAAUAAAGAA